AUGGGCGGGAUCUGUAGCCUCGCGGUGGCAGCCACUCGUGAUCUGGGCAAACUCGAGCAGACGGCGCCCUUUUCCUCGCGGAAAGGCGCCGAUCCGCUCCUUUUGCGAGGCGUGCCUAAGGAGACGUUCGACGGCGAGAGGCGCGUCGCGCUGUCCCCCGCGGGCGUGGGUGCCCUCACCAAGGUCGGCUUCCGCGUGGCCGUGGAGGCGGGAGCCGGAGAGGGGGCGAAAUUUUCGGACGAGGAAUACAAGAAUGCUGGGGCAAAGAUUGUGGGCACCAAGGAGGCGUUCAGCGGUGACAUAGUGCUGAAGCUCCGGCCGCCACACCUGAAGGACGAGGUGCCGUUGUUGCCGAAUGGAGCCAAGUUGAUAAGUUACAUUCAACCAGGAAUCAACACAGAACUGGUGAAAGAGCUGCAGGAGAAGAAGGCGACGGUCAUUGCUAUGGACUGCAUUCCCAGGACCUUGAGCCGGGCUCAGACCUUCGAUUCUUUGAGCUCGAUGGCCAACAUUGCAGGAUACAGGGCUGUAAUUGAGGCUGCCAACCACUUCGGGCGGUUCUUCACGGGUCAGAUAACAGCGGCUGGACGCGUACCCCCUGCCAAGGUUUUGGUGAUCGGUGGGGGCGUUGCUGGGCUCUCGGCUAUAGGGACAGCAAAGAACAUGGGAGCGAUCGUCCGGGUGUUUGAUACGAGGGCGGCUGUUGCAGAGCAGGCAAAGUCCCUUGGGGCUGAGUUCUUGACGGUGGACAUUGAGGAGUCGGGAGAGGGGGCAGGAGGCUAUGCAAAGGAGAUGUCCAAAGAGUUCCUUGAUGCAGAGAUGAAAUUGUUCAGCGAACAGUGCAAAGAUGUGGACAUCAUCAUCACAACCGCCUUGAUACCUGGGAAGAAGGCACCAGUUCUGAUCACCAAAGAGAUGGUGGAGUCGAUGAAGCCAGGUUCUGUCACUGUGGACCUGGCUGCAGAGAUGGGGGGCAACGUUCAAACCACGGUGCCUGGACAAGUUGUGAACCACAAGGGCGUGCAUUGCGUGGGCUUCACCGACCUGCCCAGCCGGCUGGCGACCCAGUCCAGCACCCUGUACUCCAACAACAUCUCCAAGUUCCUGCUGUCCAUGGGUCCCUUCACCACGGGCACCAAGGGCGAGUUCCUGAUCGACCACCAGGACGAGGCUGUCAGGGGGGCGCUGGUGCUGGACAAUGGUGAGAUGAUGUGGCCUGCGCCGCCUCCUAAGCAAACUGCUGCACCAGCCAAGAAGCCUGAGGUGAAGAAAGCUGCUGAGGGCCCCGUGGACUUGUACCCUGCCACCCUCCAGAAUGCCCUGAGCACAACGGGUGCACUUGGAAGUGUGGUGGCCAUGGGGGCACUGUCCCCUGGCCCUGCGUUCAGCUCCAUGAUGACCAAAUUUGGCCUGGCCAGUAUCUGUGGCUACCAAACGGUGUGGGGUGUCACCCCUGCCCUCCACUCACCGCUCAUGUCUGUCACAAAUGCCAUAUCUGGGCUCACUGCAGUUGGAGGAAUGCUUCUGCUCGCAAACAUCGGCUCGAGUGGCAGCUACCUGCCAAACACAACCGCAGAGGCGCUUGCCACCUCUGCUGUCCUGGUGUCUGCAGUCAACAUUGGUGGCGGGUUUACGAUCACGCAACGCAUGCUGGACAUGUUCAAGCGCCCCACAGACCCCACAGAACACAACUACUUGUACAUGAUCCCAGGUGGUGCAGUGCUUGCUGGGUAUGGGGUCGGGGCCAUGGCAGGCUUUCCUGAGAUCACCAACGUCACAUACCUGGCAGCAUCAGCCAGCUGCAUUGGUGCAAUUGCCUGCCUGGCUCAGCAGUCCACGGCUAGAGUCGGCAACGCCUUGGGGAUGAUCGGCGUCUCCACAGGUGUUGCUGCCACGGCAGGCGCCAUGGCGGCCACAACUUCGCUGCCUGUGUUCGCACAGGCUGGAGGCUCUCUUCUAGUUGGAGCUGCUCUGGGCCGGGCCAUUGCGCAGCGCGUGAAUGUGACCGAGCUCCCCCAGAUGGUGGCCGCCUUCCACGCCCUUGUCGGUCUGGCCGCCACCGUCACGUCAAUCUCCAGCUUCCAGAUGGCCAACGACCCCCUGUAUCCCCUCGUCUAUGCCCCCCUUGGUGUGGAUGCUGUGCACAGGAGUGCAAGUUUCCUGGGGGCGUUCAUCGGGGCAGUCACUUUGACAGGCUCCACUGUUGCCUUUGGAAAGCUGCACGGGCUGCUGCCCUCCGCAGCUUUGUCCCUCCCGGGAAAGAAUUACAUCAACUCGGGCUUGGCCCUGGCCAACGUGUACGCCGCUUACCAGUUCUUGGCGAACGGACAAGAUCCAGCCAUCGGUCUGAUGUGCCUGAAUGCCACGAGCGUUAUGGGAGGUGUGAUGGGUGCCCACAUGACGGCAUCCAUCGGAGGUGCUGACAUGCCUGUGGUCAUCACACUCCUAAACAGCUACAGCGGGUAUGCCCUCUGUGCAGAGGGCUUCAUGUUGAACAAUGACCUCUUGACAGCAGUUGGAGCCUUGAUUGGGUCCUCAGGUGCCAUCCUUUCAUACAUCAUGUGCAAGGCGAUGAAUCGGUCGCUAGCCAACGUGAUCCUUGGCGGGUACGAGACCCUCGGUGGUGCCGCCAUGAAGGUGGAGGGAACGCACCAGGAGACGGACACGCCCGCAGCUGUGGAGGCGCUGACCUCAGCACGAAACGUCAUCAUUGUUCCUGGAUAUGGACUGGCAGUGGCCAAUGCGCAAUACGCGAUUGCAGACAUCGUCAAGACGCUGAGGUCCAAGGGCGUGAACGUGCGGUUCGGCAUCCACCCCGUGGCCGGCCGCAUGCCAGGCCAGCUGAACGUCCUGCUGGCGGAGGCUGGCGUGCCCUACGACGUGGUGCUGGAGAUGGAUGAGAUCAACGAGGACUUCGACGACACAGACGUGGCCCUUGUCAUCGGCGCCAACGACACGGUCAACUCCGCGGCCAUCGAGGACCCGAACUCCGUCAUCGCAGGGAUGCCCGUGCUCGAGGUGUGGAAGGCCAAGCAGGUCAUCUUUGUGAAGCGGACCAUGGGCACGGGCUACGCUGGCGCCGACAACCCAGUGUUCUACAAGCCCAACACGACCAUGCUCCUGGGAGACGCCAAGAAAGUCAGUGAGGCCCUGAAGACGACCAUUGGGGCGCAUUAUGGGCUGUGA